UUUUCACGAUGAGGUGGUAUUACCUGAACCAUUUCACGCGUUACCGCACAAGCCUUGAAAAACUGAAAUUGCAUGUGUUGGAUAGCUACGAUGUUCUAGGUGAAGACGCCAAUGCAAAGCGAGGAAAUACUCUAUUGGGCGCGAAGAGAAGUGGCGCGCCCGCGUCAUACGAUGCGUUCUCGCUCGGACGCCGCAUAGACAUGCUCAAAACGAGCACUAUGAACGCUCUGCCAGCUCAUUUGGCGGAGGAGGAAAAGGGUGCACACCACCUGGAGAACCCCUUCCGCAGCUUCAACCUUGCUCUUAUUGACAAUGCAUCAUUCGAGUACACGUUCCUCACCUCGUACUUCUCGCCCAGCCAAACGCAUCACGCCGUCAUGCGCACGUUUGCGGCCAUCUUCGAGCCAACAUUUGCACUGGGCCAAGCAUUGACGAAACAGCUCGUUGAGAACACGACGGACACUCUGGGGGUUUUGCUGUGUGUUCGAUUGAAUCAACAUUUGGCGUUUGAACUGCAGAGGCGGAAAGUGCCGGCAGUGGAGGGAUACAUCAACGCAACGAGCAUGCUCCUGUGGCCACGAUUCCAAAAGAUUCUGGAUCUGCACUGUACAUCGUUGCAGAAAUUGACGGCUUCAUUGCCCAACCGACCAUCAGCCGGGGCGGCACUGCUGUCCUCAGCGGCGGCUGCUGGGAACUCGACGGCACCCACGCCACUGACACAGAAAUUUGCCAAUCUCGUGCAGGGCAUCCUGGCGCUGUCGAGCGAGGCUGGAGAUGACGAGCCGGUCAGUGUAUCUGUGGCGAGGCUGCGGUCCGAAUACGAGGUGUAUUUGAACCGAGCGGGCAAAGGCAUCAGCGAUGCGAGGAAAAAGGAGCGGUUUCUUUGCAACAACUACAGCCUUGUGUGUACGAUAUUGACGGAUGUGGAAGGGCGGCUAGGAGAGGACACCAAGAGGCAUUUUGAGAAGCUAAGGGACGCUUUCGAUAAGUAG